UUCCAAGCAACUACGGUCCAUUCCCAAUUCACAAAUUACGCAUGUAGCCAAAAUAACGUAAAGGGGACUCCUCCCAACGACGUCGUUUCACUUUCGGUUUUUGGACCCAAUUAUUUGGUUGCCAUAGGACCAGUACGCUACAACCUUGGAAAAUGAUCCUAUGUGUUUUUCUCGUACUCUUUCAAGCCCAACAAACACUCGUUAAUUCGGGAUCCUUCAGUAAUUUUGCAUUAGAAAUAUUGCAGCUUUCAGAGUUUAAUUUAACCUCCCCAGAUUCUAAGAUUCCCCAGAGGAAAAUUUGUCCCCGCUGUUAUUCUUAAUUAAUUACCCCCUUCUCCUUUUUUUUCUCCCUUGUCUUUGGUGUUUGGAUUCUUAGAAAAACGCUAAGAAAACCCAAAAGAAGAAGCAGCAGCUGCAAAAGAGAAAGCGAGAAAAGAGUCUCUUUCUCCUCUCUCUCUCUCUCUCUGAGCAUGUGUAUUGCUUUCACUUUGUGAAUGAAAGCGUUGUUGUUUAACGACAUCACCACCUUCGACCCUUCCCUUUCUAACGUUGCUGUUGUUGUUUCCAAGAAGCCAAGCAUUCACUUUAGGGAGAAACAAACAUCCUCUUCUUUUUUAAGCUUCUUUCUUCUCAUUUCGUUUCGUUUCUCAUGUGCUUCAACGUUUCUUCUUCUCUGCUCUUGUUGAUGGUGUUUGCUCACUAGUCCCUUUCUUUUCCCUUCAACGAACGUUUCUUCAUGUCGGACUCGGCCAACAAGGUGCGAUUGGUGCGUUGCCCGAAGUGUCAAAAUCUUCUUCCCGAACUCGCUGAUUACUCUGUCUAUCAAUGUGGUGGCUGUGGUGCCGUUCUUCGAGCGAAGCAUAAAGGUUAUGUGAGUGGUAGCUUGUCGGAUGAGGGAAAGGUUGGACUUGGGGGAGAUUCUGGUAAAUCAGAAAGUUCUUUGGAGAAAGGCUUAGUUGAUCGCAGUGAUGCUUCGGAUGUUGAUGCUAAGUCCAGUAGUGGUCCCUCUAGGGAUGAUAAUCAAAGGGAUGUGUAUAAAGUAGAUAACAUGGACGAGAGGUUUCAGAAUCAAUCAGCGGAUGUUGGUGAGAAAGGGGUAUUUGACGAUCAUGUUGAUGUCAGUGGGAAUAAAGAUGAACUGGGUAAAACCAUUGGAAGAGAACAGGAGGAACCACCCAAGUCUCAAAUUGGUCGUGAGAAUGGGUCCAAAUUCUCUGGGAGAAUUUCUAAUUGGCAGAAUGGAGAGAGAAGUGAGAUGGAUGGAUUUUGGAGAAAGCCACGAGCUGAUAUGGAAAAUGUGAGAUUUUCAACUUCAAAAUAUCCUGACGAGGGACCUUCAAAUGGCUUCUCUAGUUUUUCUAGUAACUAUAUGGAAUCGUGGAGGAGUCAUAAAGAAUCAGAUGGUGCGGACAUGGUUCAGCACCUUGAGCAGGAUCGAGCUGAGCUUCUCAGGAAGCUGGAUGAGUUAAAGGUUCACAUCAGUAAGUCUUCUGAAAUUGUUCACAACCCAAAAGAAAAGAUUCUUCCUGAUGAAAGGAUGCUUCCUCCAGAUCAUCAUCCUUAUGGUGGCUCUGAUCCUUGGUUUUCAGAUGGAUCAUCAGGGUUGAACAGAACUUCUAGGCAAUUUUUUGGCACUGAUAAUAAGCAUGUGGCAGGUUCCAAUCAUUUCAAUUAUCAUCAUGAUCCAUAUUCUUAUGCAAGUGGUCAUGACAUGGCUAUGCCCAACUUCCCUCCUUCAACGCAUAAUCCAAAUCGUUACGGGGAUCCUUUUGCAUCCCGAAUGCUGAGGAGAGGUCCACACCAGUUCCCACAACAACCAUUGCAUCCCUACUAUCCCGGACGGUAUGCUGAUACUAAUCCAGAUUCAUAUGAACUAUACUCUCAUAAUGCAAUGCUUCACCCACCUACUUGCUCUUGUUUCCAUUGCUAUGAUAACAAACGAAGAGGUUCGGUGCCAGCACCACCUGCUUCAUUCAUUAACAGCAGAUUCCCCGAUAUCCCAAAUGAUCCUAUGUUAUACCAUCAUGAGAUCCCAGGGUCAUUUGGUCCACAUGUUCAUAAUUCUAGAACUGCCAUUCCUCCUAUGACCUAUCAUGAAAAACAAUUACACGCAAGAUGGGCUAGUGAUGUCAACUCUGAGAUGGGUGGUUUUGUUCGAAGCCGUCCUCGCAAAGUAAUGUUAGCUAGUAGUAGCCAGCGUUGCUAUCCUGUAGCCGGUGGUUCGCCCUUCAUCUCAUGCCAUAAUUGCUUUGAGUUGCUGCUACUGCCUAAAAAACCAUUGGUUCUGGUGAAAAAUCAUCAGCAAAAGGUGCAAUGCGGGGCUUGUUCUACAGAAAUCAGCUUUGCUGUCAUCAACAAGAAGCUGGUUAUUUCUCCUAAUUUAGAAACAAAGGGAGCUUCUUCAAGAGGUGAUAGUAGCUCUAAUGAGGUUGUGAGUAGCCACAUGUCACAUUCCCGAGGUCAUGUGAAUAGGACUGGUGCUAACUUUUCAUCUGAUGAUUAUUCUGGUUAUGAUUUUCAUUCAGUAGACAGGGAACCUUUUUCUCUGGUUGCUUUGAAUUCUAACAAGUCCCGGGAGAUUCCGAGUUUUCAUUCUUCAUCACUUAGUACAUCUGAAGAUGAAAAUAGUCCAGAAACAAUGAUCGCUCCAAGGGAAGCCACUAAGUCCAUUCAUCGGCCAACUACAGACUCUCUAUCUCCUCCUGCUGGUUCACCUCUGCAGGAGUAUUUUGAUUACUCCAAUAAUAACCAUGCAGUAAAUCGUUUUGGAAAAGGAAACCAAAGUAGUCGCUCAGAGCAAGACAAGACAAAAGUGGACAAGAUGUCAUCGCGUCAAAAUUCUUUGAAAGAGACAGCACUUGCAACUGAGAUGGAUGUCCAUGAUUAUUCAAACAAUGGGGUCUCCCAGGAUUCUGCAGAUGCUAGCCGAGAACAUUAUCAUCCUAGAUCCACCAGAGGUGGCGAAUCAUUUUUUGCAAAUAUUAUCAAGAAAAGCUUCCGAGAUUUCUCCUGGUCUAAUCAUACAGAUGAUCGUAGCAAAAUCAGUGUUACGGUAAAUGGGCAGCCCUUGUCAGAUCGUGUUGUCAAGAAGGCUGAAAAGCUAGCGGGAACAAUCCAACCUGGAAAUUAUUGGUAUGAUUUUCGGGCUGGAUUUUGGGGUGUCAUGGGAGGGCCUUGUCUUGGAAUAAUUCCUCCAUUUAUAGAAGAGUUCAAUCAUCCCUUGCCAGACAAAUGUUCUGGUGGAAAUACUGGUGUUUUUGUAAAUGGUAGGGAACUUCACCAAAAAGACUUAGAUUUGCUAGCUGGGAGAGGACUCCCCUCAGAUAGAGAUCGAUCUUAUAUCAUUGAUAUUUCUGGGAGAGUCCUGGAUGAAGACACAGGUGAAGAGCUGGACAGCCUUGGCAAACUUGCACCAACAGUGGAGAAAGUUAAGCAUGGAUUCGGCAUGAAAGCACCUAGAGCAGCUACAUAAGCAAAAUGUGGAAAGAAAGCCUCUGCGACAGGUUGGAGAAGGUGAAUUUUGUUCCAUCCUUCUGAUUCAGAAACAUAAUUUGGGACCCCUGAUAAUGGAACAAGCUGGAAAUAUUUGCAAGAUUACUUGAAAUUCUUCCAUUGUAUGACUAAGUUCAAGUGAUUUUGUGCAUGGCUUGAUUUUAUACUAUAUAUUUAAUGUGUAAUUUUUUUAUAUGCCUAUAGGUUAAAAAAACUGCAUUUGAAGUUCGAUGAUUGAUAUCAGGUAGUCUUAGGAAAAGUUAAAAGUAAUUAUGCGGAAAGUCUUGCAUCUAGUGUAGAAUUUGACGUGUAAAAAUUUGAUUUUAUUCCUUGAUCAGUUUGUUUUAGUUACGCAUUUCUAAGUGAAUCAUGGAAAUGUUUUUUUUUUUUUUUGAUCUGGAGCAAGAUUACUGUGGAUUCUUCUACCUUGUGUGCUCGCAUUUUGACUUGAUGUAAAUAAAAUAUGUAAUUUUUUA